UUUACUAACCGUCCAAACUAACAUUCCUGCUGCAGCUAUUAACCAACUAGUUACCUUGAAUUAGUAGUAGAAUGGGUAGUUGAAGAGAGGCGGCGCUGUAAAGCGCUUCCUACGGCCACAGUAUGCCCCUCCCAUGAUGUACCCCAUGGUGCAAACACAAAACAGAGAUCAAAGGCAACCCCAUAUCGCUCUCAUUAGCGAGCAGAGGCUUCAGCCUCUCCAGGAGCAGAUAGCUCCGUCGGACGAGGAAACGCUUGAAGAGAACUCCAUACGUAGAAGACGGAGAAGACCUUUGCAUAGAAGGUUCUUCACCUAUGUUCGAGAAGCUUGGACUGGAGUGAAGUCUGCGUUAGAUUCCGAACUUGAGGAUUUGGAGACCCCGCCCCGCUAUAGGCCCGACAGUCUCGAAGCCCUUUGUAGAGCAACUCGCUUUACAGAAGCCGAAAUUAAGAGAAUUUAUCGUGGAUUCAAGGCUGAAUGCCCUACCGGAGUCGUCAAGGAAGACACUUUUAAGAUGAUUUAUGCCCAGUUCUUCCCACAAGGGGUGAACAGCAGCCAAUAUGCCCAUUAUGUAUUCAAUACCCUCGAUCAAGAUCACAGCGGCCUGAUAAGUUUUGAGGACUUUGUACAAAAUCUCUCAGUUCUAUCGAGAGGUUCACUAGAUGAGAAACUAAGAUGGGCGUUUUCUUUGUAUGAUAUUAAUGGAGACGGAUGUAUUACUCGUGAAGAAAUGACUGAUAUCGUUACCGCCAUUUAUGAUCUUAUGGGAAAGCUAGCCGAACCUUGUAUCGAAGAAGAUACCGUCAAAGAUAAAGUUGAUAGGAUAUUUCAAAAAAUGGACACAAACAGAGACGGUGUGGUGACUUUGGACGAAUUCUUAGAAUGUUGCCGAAAAGACGAAAGCAUAUCUUCGUCCAUGGCCGUCUUCGAUUCAUCAAUAUGACAUUCGACCAGCGGCGUUCGUGAAGGUGCUUCAACCUGAUGGACUCAAUGAACGAAUGUCGUGUCCCGAAAUGUUAUUUUGACCAACUAGACUUUUUUCAUAUAAUGUAAAAUACAAUGAAAAUGAUGAUUCGGUGAUAGAAUGUAGGUUACUUAUAUUAGGUACCUUACAUAUUGGGUACGAGGUGAAAAUUGAACGAAUGAAGUGUUAAUUGGAGAUUAAAACAUUAUAAUAAAUUUACGUAUACAAAUAAUUCGAAUGUUGUUAACGGUAUUUCUAUAUUUUUUGCUUCGUUGUAUUAAUCUGGCUGAAGAUUUAAAAAAAAGUUUUAUUUUUGUAUGAAAUAUAUCUUUGUUUAUCAGACAACGAGAUAUGUUAAU